AUAACGUUAAUAUGGAGCAUCCCGUCCGGGACGUUGCGACGUGAGACGAGUACGCCUGGGAACAACGAGGUUAGGCACCGGCGCACUGGAGUGGAGUUGUAGUUGUGUGAGCAGCCUGAAGGCUGGUACAAAGCUAGAACAACUUACCCUCACAUUGUAUGUCUUGCUUCCUGUCUGCAAACAUCUCAAAAUGAUCCAGCCAAACUAACUGCCAGCACUUUGUCAUCCGCUGGCUCUCCGAGAUGUCCACCCUGUUUCUUGAUUGGACAGAAGACUGAAUCACAUUCCUGGAGGCGUCGAGGGGACUCUCUGCCCGCUGCGCAUGCUUGAGUGUCCUGCUCUUCAACAUGGCUCCUGACCGCCUCGCUUCGCAUUCAAGUCACCCAGGGCAAAAAUGUGCGUUGUCAUGGUGAUCAUUAGCAAAAAAACGCUGGAGAAGAAGCGCGUCGAAGAUGUAACGUCCAGGUGUCCGGAAAUAGGCCAGCUGCGGGAGCCGACCAUGAGCCAGGGAACGGCCCUCUUCUCUUGUGGACUGAUGGAGGCGGGCCGGUGGCGUGAGCUGGGCCAGGGCUGCCCCUCGCGGCCAGUGGGCGCCAGCCUGGAGAGCCUGUGGGACGCGGUGCCCGAGGAGUGCCAGAGCCCCACGGGGUGGCUGGGCGGCGGCGGCGGCGGUGGCGGCGCCAUCUCGGGGCUGCUGCGGGAGCUCAGCCUGGCGGACCCGGCGGCCUUCGCCGCGGCGCCGCCCAGCAAGCGGCAGUGCCGGUCGCUGUCCUGCUCCGACGAGCUGGCGGGGGGCUGCCGCGCGGCGUGGGCGCCCAGGGGGUCCCGCGUCUGGACGGCGGUGGAGAAGCGGCGCUGCCACAGCGGGGGCAGCGUGCACCGCGGCGCCGGGGGCGGAGCCUCGGGGGCGCCGGCCGCCGUCGUCUUCCCCGCCAUGCAGCGCAGCUCCAGCUUCAGCCUGCCGGCGCGCUCCAACGCGGCGCUGGAGCUGCCGUGCUUCUCCCCGGGCCUGGCGCCCGCCUUCACCGGCCGGGCCUCCCCUUCCUCCUCCUCCUCCUCCUCCUCCUCACCCUCCUCCUCCUCGGUGACCCUGUCGUCGGCGGCGCCCGGCGGCCUCUACCUCUCGCACGAACACAUCUUCCCGGCGCUGGCGCCCCCGGGGGCGUCGCCCGACAGCUCCCCGGGCUCCACCCCCGAGCUGGAGCGCCGUAGGGGCGUGGCCGGGCCGGGGGGAGGGGGGGGGGGGCUGGCCCGCAGCCGCUCGCAGCCCUGCGCGCUCGACCACAAGAAGAUGGGCGUGAAGCGCCGGAGGCCGGCCGACUCGCGGCCGUCCCUGGACCUCGCCAAGAUGACCCAGGUGGGUGCUGAUGGGAGGAGGCUGGUGGGGUGGGGGGGGGGAGGGGCAGCGUGUGACCACUGAUGAUACGGGGAUCAGAUGACAGCGUGCGAUGCGAGCCGCCGCCGUGGCGUCCUCAAUAGGACAUUGUGCGCCCGGACACAAAGCAGGCACUCACGGAGAUACAUGCAAAAAAUAAAAAAGACCAGCGCUGCUCAUUUCAAAGCGGAGCGCGGCCGCUAUGCAUUCUGGGAGGCAUUGUUUCCGGGCCGGGUACGCGAAUGUGCGACGACUCUCGAAGCAUUACCGUUUUGACAAAUGUCAACGUGGAAAAGCAAAGUCAUUGAGGUUGAGUCUUUUGAGAAUAAUUUGGAUGCUUUGGGAUUUCGGUAGAACUUAUUUAUUAUACAUUAUUUAAUACGGUUAUGGAGCCG